AUGCGGGAAUUCAAAGUGGUGGUAUUAGGCAGUGGCGGUGUCGGAAAAUCUGCGCUAACUGUUCAAUUUGUUAGCAGCACAUUUAUUGAGAAAUAUGAUCCAACAAUCGAAGAUUUUUAUCGAAAAGAAAUUGAGGUUGAUGGGCAACCAUCAGUUCUUGAAAUUCUGGAUACAGCUGGAACUGAACAAUUUUCAUCGAUGAGAGAUUUGUAUAUUAAAAAUGGACAGGGAUUUGUGGUGGUUUAUUCGAUUACAAGUCAACAAACUUUUCAUGAUAUUCGAAAUAUGAAAGAGCAAAUUGUUCGAGUUAAAGGAACUGAAAAUGUGCCCAUUCUUCUUGUUGGAAAUAAAUGCGAUUUAUCACAUCAAAGGCAGGUUAGGACGGAAGAAGGAUUAGCAUUGGGUGAGUGAUUUUUUUUCGUUUUUGAAGGGGAAAAUAUAAAAAAGACCUUUUUGGAAAAUUGAAAUAAGUACUAAAAAGAGGAAUUUAUUUGUUCAGAUGAAUGGGAAAAAAGUUUAUGAGAUUUUUAUUAGGCAAAUAUACAGCUGGAUAUUUAUAUUAUGAGAAAAACAUUUUUUGAAUGCAAAAAUAAGGAAAAACCUACUUUUUUAAUUUAAAAAAAUCAUUAAAAAAAGUUUUUUCGGGCGUGAAUUCAAAUGAUUAUCCCGCCCAAGUAAAAAUUUUGAUUUGGGCGCGAAUUCAGAUUAUUUUCAAAAAUUUGGAUCCUGGAGAAAUUGAACUUAAGAUAAAAAAUGUAGAAAAUACAUUUUUCCUGAAAUUUCGCAAUCGAAUUUUUUGUUUUAAAAAUUAGAAAGAAAAAGUUAUUUUUCUUACAAAAUUUAGAUUGAGAAAUCUGAAGCCUGAUUAUUAUUUGAAAUAAAUAUAAAUUUGAAAUUUUUCUCAAAAGUUUCCCAAACAAUUCGAGUCUUCUUCACUUCCAAAAAUUAAAAAAAAAUGUCUUAAACUUCAAUAAAUUUCAGCCGAAAGUUGGUCAUGCCCUUUCACCGAAUGUUCCGCCAAAAACAAUCAAAAUGUAAACGUGACAUUCGCCGAAAUUGUUCGUGAAAUGAAUUAUGUACAAAAUCGCUCGCGACAAAGUAAAUCAUGUUGCUCAAUUCAAUAA